AUGGCUGAUUCGGACGAAGAGUACGUCGGUGAAGUUUCCGACGAAGAAAACGACGUCAAUGGUAUCCGAUAUGCCCGGGAAACGGCGCCUGCAUCCCGUCCUAAACGAAGAAAGCAGCGCGGGGGUGCUGAAUGGGAGGUUUCAAGGACUUGGGAGACCUUGGUCGAGGGUGCUGAUGGCACAAUCAGCUCUACUGUUGAAGGACUUUUAGAAGCCGGGAAAAGGAAGAGACUUUUGAGAGAUACAACACCAUUGCAACGUGGUAUUAUCCGGCACCUCAUCUUGAUUCUGGAUUUGUCCCAGUCCAUGGCCGAGAAAGAUCUAAGGCCGACGCGAUACCUUCUUUCCCUGCGAUAUGCACAAGAAUUCGUGCGGGAAUUCUUUGAGCAGAAUCCCAUAUCCCAACUUGGUGUGCUUGGCUUAAGGGAUGGUCUUGCAAUUCGGGUCAGUGAUAUGAGUGGCAACCCUACGGAGCAUGUUGGUGCUAUACAGGCUUUGAGGGAUCAUGACCCCAAGGGACUUCCUAGCUUGCAGAACGGCCUUGAAAUGGCACGUGGUGCUUUAUUGUGA